GAGGAGGAGGCCACCACCUCGACAUAUAUGCGGUGAAACCGCGCGCCUCCUGACUCAGUGCUUGACAGGCUAGCAAGCUUUAAGGAUCUGUGGGUAUCGCGCCUACCGACAAUCCUGAACCCCUCCCCCACCCUAUCGACUCGAUCUUUUUCACGCGUGAUACUUUUGCUCUUGUUUUACUUCUUCUUCUUCUUCUCUCUCUCUCUCUCUCUCUCUCUCUCUCUCUUUUCUCGCUCUAUUCAUCUCGAUCUCUUUCUUUUUUUCUUUUGCUAUCCCAGAGAAGAGAAACAGAUAGACACCACGAGGAGAUCAGCGUCUUUCACUCUGUUACCUCAGAAGAGGGUACAUUACUCUUGUCUCUGGAGAACCAUCUCGAGUCUGACGUAAUGUAUGAAAAGAAAGAUCUAAGGAGGAAGAACCGAAGAAAGAAUUACGGUCGCUAAAAUUGCCAAGGUCGAGCUUGCCGGUGUGUCUUUGCGAGUGGAACUGGAGAAAGAGGAGGAGGAAGAAGAAGAAGAAGAAAUAGCAGCGACGGUCGUUCGAAAGGGGGGCAAUGUUCAUCGGGAGGAUGCAUGUCGUCAUAGGAAAGCAGGCCAAGGUGGUGUAUCGGUGAAGAAGCUCCGUUUCGACUUCGAGUACGCGCGCGAUAUUCUUCGAGAUGACGAUGAUGAGGAGACCGGGCCGGAACUGAAGGUUACGAGGGUGCAGCGGGACCGCUCGUCGCACUCUUCGUCUCUUUCUCCUCCCACCCUCUCUCAAUAUUUCUCUCUCUCUCUCCUCUCUAUCUCUCACUCUCCCUCUCCCUUUCUCUCUCUCUCUCUAUCUCUCACUCUCUCUCUUUUUCGAUUCUCUUUCAUAUUUUCUAUCCUUUUGUUUCCUAGUCAGUCAAAGUUUCUUUUAUCAGACAGUGUGUCGUAUCUAUUUGUUUUCAACCCCUACUACCAUGCGUACAUUAUUUCGUUUUCGCGAUGUGAUGAGAAAAAGUCUACCGACCGAUUAAAAGUGUGCCUUAAAAGCGAGAACCAAUUGAUCCUAUCCCGUCGUUGUCAUCUUCUCGUGAAUUAGUCGCGAGUGCCAAAAAAGGCCAACUUUUCUAUGUAAUUGACCGGUAAAACGGGCACCGAUUGAAACCGCGAAGACGUAGGGAAGAAAGCGAAGCUGGAUCGCGUAGAUCGCGAUCGUGCUACGACGGGCUGGCGAUCGCAUAUUCCGUCCGGUAUAAUAUCACCGACGGCUAAACACGCCAAACGGAAGUUUCUCGAAGUGAAAAACGUGAAACGGAGGUCACACAUAGUUGGUAAGAAGAAGCUGGUGCUUUGCGAUAAAGGAGGAGGUGGUGGUAGUGGUGGUGGUGGAGGAGCAAGAGGAGACGGCAAAGGCAGAGGAGGAGGAGGAAGUGGUGGUUGCGGAGAAGAGGAAGGUGGAGAAGAAAGUGGUGGAGAAAGAAGAGGACGGCGACCAGCCGGAAGAAAGGAAGAAGAGGCAGAAGGUGGGGGAGGAAGAAAAGGAAAAGGAAAACUCGAGGAGGGUGGAGUUUCCUCUUUCGAGGUGAGAAUACGGAAGCGGAAAAAGCGCUGAGAGUAGAAUAGAAAAGAAAGGAGUGAGAAAAGAAGAAGAAGAAAAAAAAGGAGGAUGACGUUGUCGUUGCGGGCCAUCUGAUCGUCAGAUCGCGCCUAAGACGGAAGCCCGCGAUCGACGCUUCCUCGUUGUGAGGAGCGUGACCUUGGGAGCAAAAUGGUCACGAGAACGCUCCUGAUACUCUCGUUGCUCCUCCUCGGUGCCUUCGACGCGCCUGGCAUCGAGAGAGCUCGCGUCGGAUAUUUCGUGAUGGCCGGCAAUGCUUGUAACGCCUGUAGGAUGCACGAGAAGAUCAGGGCUCUCAGUCUUGAAGCUAUCAAAGAACAGAUACUCAAUAAGCUCGGAUUGAAACAGGCACCUAAUAUGACUGGCAGGGCCUUACCGAGGAUCCCGGCUAUUUCGAAACUCAUGGACAUGUACGGGAUGCAGGCCGAUCAACCUCAACCUGUAGAACCUGGUAUCACUCAUCACGAGGAAGUCGACGAGUACACCGCCAAGACCGAAAGCGUCUUUGCCUUGGCACAACCACAUCAAAGGCUAAGGCAUUCAAAAGGAAGUCUAGACGUGUUGUACUUCAAGUUCUCCGACAAGGUGAUUCAACAUCGAGUGACAAGAGCAGAAUUGUCUCUCUGGGUUUGGGGUACCAAUCAGGAUAAUGACGAGCCAAGCGAAUCAGUUGAUCUGGAUAACUUGGAGAUUCAUCAUGAAGGACCUAUGACGAUCACGCUUCAAAGGAUUCUUCGCGGUGUCACAGAAUCAGGUGGUCCGUUGUUGGGUCCACCGUUAACGACGAAACAUCCUCGACCGAAUGGUCGUAGAGGUGCUUGGAUCACGAUCGAAUUAAGAAGAAUGGUGGCCGAAUGGUUCAAGCAUCCUAGAGAUAACUUAGGUGUCGCUCUAAAGAUUUCGGGUCCUGGUGGAAAUCAUCGUAGGAAUUCGAGACUUGUUGAGACGAAUCCCGGGGCUGAGUUUGCCCCAUAUCUCGAAGUGCAAACACAAGAAUUGGACACGAGGAGAGGUGGUAGGAUUAAAAGAAACGUCGGCCUUAAUUGUGAUGAGGCCAGUCAAGAAACGAGGUGCUGUCGCUACAAGCUCACGGUGGAUUUCGAGAAGUUCGGCUGGGAUUGGAUAAUCGCGCCUAAAAAAUACGACGCAAAUUACUGUUCGGGCGAUUGUCCGAUGGCUUUUCUGCCAGUCUAUCCGAACACUCACAUAGUUAGCUUGGCGGAACCACCGAACAACACGGGUCCAUGUUGUGCUCCGAGAAAGCUUUCGGAGAUUACGAUGCUGUACUUUGACAACGAGUAUCAAAUCGUUUUCUCGCGACUACCAGGUAUGGUCGUUGAAAGAUGUGGAUGCUCAUAGUCUCCAUUACUUCCAUUCUGGAGAAGCAAGAACGAGGAAGACGUGUGUCGUUGGUUCGUUGCUGGUUAAUUUUCCAUGAAGAAAAAAAAACAAAAAAGGAAAAAAGAGAAAAAAACAUGGGAAAAAAUUCUUCAUCCGAUAGACUGAAAGUGCCUUGUUCGGAAGUGUUAGGUGCCGCGCGCUUGAACGUUUGACGUGUAGAAAAUGACGGUCGAAAGAAAGGAAUGAAAGAAAAAUGAGAAGAUGGAAAUAAAAGGAUGAGAAUAGAAA